AUGUCGAAACCUAAAACACACCUCAAGCAAUUCAGAGGGAAGAAAAGAACUGAACAGAUCCUCAAUGAUGCGGACGACUACCUUGCUGCAGCAGUCGACGAUGAAGAUGCUAUGGGAAAGCAUCGCGGUGGUGAUGCACUGAAGUCAAUACGCUUCGGUCGCAAGGCAUUAGAGCUCUAUUCGCAGGGGUUGAAGAAAUAUCCCCAAAGCUUUGAUCUUGCGUACAACAAAGCACGUCUGGAGCUCGAACUAGCGACACAUCCGGUUUUGGUCAGAGUUCUGGACGUCCCUAUAGCUACGUUGCUUCAGCAGUCGUUCUCAUCCCAUCAAUAUGCUCUCAAAAUUGUGCCAGAUGACGCCGAUACACUUUUCAAUGCUGCUCAGGUGUUGACAGCACUGGCUGAGCAAAUCGGCAAUACCGACGAUGAUUCGGAUGCGCAGGCACUUCGACUCCUGGAACAGGCUCUUGAAUAUCAACAAGAGUGUUUGCGUGUUCAGGAGCUUAACUAUGCAGAGACUCGUGCCAUACAGAAUAGAAUAGCUCAUGAAGCCAACGAUAGUGAAGACGAUGAUGGAGGUGCCAAGAUUGAUUCAAGUACGACAACUGCUUUUGAGGACAGAGAAGCGGAGGAGCAGUGGUUUAGUAUCGUCGAACCUGUCACCGCAAGCACGUUGAUGGAUACAUUACUGGCUCAAAUGUCGACUUUGACAACUUUGUGCAGUAUUGUCGUCUCUGCGCUGUCAUCUAAUCCUGAUUCUCAGCCGAGGAUAUCGUUGAGCUGGAUUGAGACCUACUAUACGAAGCUCGUCACCAUUGCUUUGCCCGCACUGCUAGAGGCUGAUAAGCAAGCACUACAGUCCCGAAUGGGAGAAGCUGCUUUGACACAAGCUCUGCUAAGAGGCACUCUUCUCGAACUAGCAUAUCGCACGACCGCCAUCGACCUUGAAACCUAUAAAAAGGAAAUUGAUGCAGCAUUCUCUGUGUCCGAACUUGACACUACGUCCUCUGCCGAUCCAUUACUGGCUCACGCGAAAAGCCUCAUCUCUUUCAACGGGGCUCUAGUCGACACAAUUCAGAUACGAUCAGGCAAUGCAAUCGACGCGCAGGCCAACGUCAGAUGGAACGCUUUGUCCAGAGCACAGAAGCUGCUCGCCGCAGCUGCGAGCCUCGAUUCUGCUAAAGCAGAUACUACAGUAUUGGCCAUGACACAUCUUCUCAGAGGCGACACCUCACUUCUGCUUCAUGCUCUCUCCUACCCCCCUACAUCGUUCACCCCAGCGAUAACAAGCAAAGCUCAGCUCCUCAAAAACGCCGAGGUCUUCUAUCGCAAUGCGAGCAAAUUGAUGGGCAGCGCGGGACAGGAUGAAGGAGGUAGCAAAGAGGUUGCCGGCUUUCGUUGUGGCGUGGUCCAAGUCUUGCAAAGUUCUGAUGCUACCACAGACCAAAUAAUAGCAAGUAAUAUCAUACAGGCUCUGUCUUCAACGAGGAACGACGAUUGGAGAAGGGAGCAGUUGCGAGACAUGGUAGAUGAGGGACUGGUGGGCACCUUGUUUGAUUUGCAAUAA